AUGCCUCCAAAAGGUGCUGCGACGCGCAUCAAGCCACUACAUUUGCAAACAAUCCAAAAACUUCGAGUAAAGAGUCCGAAUACCCAUCAAGCAAACCCAUGUCUUGCCGUCAUGACAAGUGUUCUGAGUUGCUGGGCUUCAAACCGAUCGGGGAGCAGUGGGUGCUUCGCUUUAGAACAACAAUUAAGAGCAUGCAUGGAUAAAGGGAAAAUACAACGGAAAGGGAAGAGCACAAUCAAUUACCAUCUCAUGCGGAUGUUUCCCAAGAUAUCAGGGCCAAGAAAGAAGGACGGCGUGUUUCACUGA